AUGGGGUUUAAACUAGAGGUCCAGGCGGAUGGGAACCAGAGUGCCAGAACAGAUAGUGGAGAGGUCGUGGAGACAGAUGCUGAAAACAUCUCAGACUCCUGGAAUUCCACGGGCUGUAAGACAACAGUUGAAGCUAAUCAAACCAUUUGUGUGUGUGACCACCUCACCUUCUUUGCUGUGCUGCUGGAUUUACGCCUGGACAACAACACGUUGGAUGAAAAAGAUGUGAUAUCAUUAACGUACAUCACAGUGACUGGCUGUGCAAUCUCUGCUGUCUUCUCAGCCAUCACAGUAUUCCUUUACUGUGUGAUGAGGAAGAAUAAAGGUGAUCACACCACCCAGAUCCACAUUAACCUCUGCAUUGCUUGCUUUCUACUGAAUAUGAAUUUCCUGACCAAUGAGUGGAUUAGUAAGUUGAUGGUUGAUGGUCUCUGUAAGACGAUCGCUGUGUUCCUUCACUAUUCAUUACUGUGCACUAUAACAUGGAUGGUAAUUGAAGGACUUCAUCUCUACUUGAUGCUGAUCAAAGUGUUCAACAUCUAUGUCAAACGCUACAUACAAAAGCUCGCUUUGAUGGGUUGGGGCAUCCCUGCUGUGGUGGUGUCUUUGUGCAUUGCAGUGGACAAGAACAAUUAUGGAUGGUUUCAAAUCAAAACGCAGGACAUUCACAGCUCUGUUUCCAUUUAUUUGCUGGGCAUCACAUGGGCUUUGCCGUUGAUUUCACAUGGACCAGUGUACGUGGUUCAAACGUACCUGUUUUGCAUCUUAAACUCCCUGCAAGGGUUUUUUAUAUUCUUGUGGUACUGCACCAUAAAACUACCAUCCAAAGAGCAAAGUUCAAAUUAUACAUCAGAUAACUCUGCGCCCAGAGAAUCAGCCCUAGAAAGGCUCGGAUUUCUGGACACACUGCCCACGGCAGCUAACCCGCUCCCCCCGAUGUUCCGUGUUCUCCCGCGAAGCCUCAGUCAGGAGCACCGGCCUAGAACGAGCAUGUCUCCAGAGCAACGAAAAUACCACACCCUGAAGGAGUGCUAG